AUGGCUCCAAAGGGUGAGCAUGUACUGGAAUGGAGUGAGGAGAUGGAGUUGGCAUUCAUACAUAUCAUGCUUGAAGUCUUCAAAGUGACCCAAACGACUUCCUGGAAGAGAUCUCAUUGGGAAGAGAUGACUAAGGAAAUAGAGAAGCAAUUUCCUGAAGCGCAACUUUGUUGGACGAAGGUAAGGGACAAGUGUGCUAGAUUGAAAGGGACAUACAGGCAGUUCACUGAGCUAAGGAACCACACUGGAGUGGGAUGGGAUGCAGACACGAACACCAUCAAGGCCAGUCCCGAUGUCUGGGAUAUGUUUAGCAAGAAGAACAGGGCAUUCAAGGCAUUCCGGACCAAAGGUUGCAAGCACUACAGCCUAUUGAAUGAGCUUUUCAGUUCUUCAACUGCUACCGGUGCUCUUCGCAUCUCCUCCACCAAUCCACCGACAACUUCAUCUGAGGAACGACGGAUGCAUGCGGCAUUCAUAUCAGCGUCGAGGGGAAAGCAGAAACAGGCUGUCAACAUCGUGGAGUGCUCCGACGAGAGUGACGACCCUGUCAAUGUUGAAGAUCCAAUAAUAUCAGAGUCCCGACGUCGAGUGUCUAAAAGAGCUUCAUCGGAAAAGUCCAUAAUGCAUGAGUGCAUGGAAUUGUUUAGGGAUAGCUUCAACAAGAAUGGUCUCGAAACCCCAUCGGCAUCAAAGCGAAGCAAGUCCGUAUCAAGCCCUGAUAAGCCAGAGAAGGAUAGCGUCAACGAAGCCAUGUUAGAGUUGAAAAAAUUGAAGGAGAAGGUCCCGCGUCGCUUUUAUUUGAAAGCCGCCAUGGCGCUGGCAGAUAAGGAAAUAAGGAAGGUUUUCAUGUUCUUAGACGAGGACGAGCGAAUUGAAUGGCUGCAGAACCUUGCUGACUCCUGA